CAUCCCCCAACCCCCCACAAUGCCAUCCGAACCCCAGCCAAAGGGCACCUACACCCUCGACCUCAAGCACCCGGCGCUGCACCUCUCCGUGCUCCCCGACGCGCUCUUCGUGCACCGCUUCCCUCGCGGCCACGCGGUCCCCUCGGCCUUCCUCGACGCCGGGGACGCGUUCGUCAGCGUCACGCGCACCAAGGACGAGGUGUCCGUCGUGGCCGACAAGGCGGCGACCGAGGCCGCGCUCGGCAAGGCCGAGCAGCUCGGCGGGCCUUGGGCCGCGCUCAAGAUUGCCGGGCCGCUCGAGCACCACAUGGUCGGCGUCCUCUCGCAGCUCUCGCAGGUGCUCAAGGACGCCAAGAUCUCCAUCUUCGCCAUCUCGACGUGGGACACCGACUACGUUCUCGUCACGCGCGACACGCUCGCGGGGGCCAAGGCCGAGCUGCUCGAGGCCGGCUGGGUGUUUGACGCGUAGGGGGGUGCGAGUGAGCGGGGUCGCUGUCGGUGACGGUGCCGGCGUUUGCGCUGCCACUGGGACUCUCGCCUCCUCGUCGCCUGGGUAUCUCGCCCUCUACCUCCCCCUCCCCCUCCCCAAC